AUGAGCUACACCCAGUUUGCCUUCCCCUGGAUUUCUCUGGAAAGCAAUGCUGGAGAGGUGGCCAUCAAAAGGGUGCCACGGGAGCGCGUCCGGCACUGGGGCGAGCUGCCCGACGGCACCAGCGCACCCCUGGAGAUCGUGCUGCUGGCCAAGGUGUCCACUGGCUUCCCUGGUGUGGUCCAGCUGCUGGAGUGGCUUGAGCUCCCCAACGACGUCUUGAUGGUGCUGGAGCGCCCGGAGCGGUGUCAGGACCUGCAGCGUUUCAUUCGGGCACGGGGCUUCCUGCCCGAGGAGGUGGCGCGGGAGCUGUUCCGCCAGGUGCUGGAGGCCGUGCAGCACUGCACCAGCUGCGGGGUCCUGCAAAGGGACAUCAAACCAGAGAACAUCCUGGUUGACCUGGCCACCGGGCAGGCCAAAUUGAUUGAC